GUUCAAAGGAUUGUGGAAGAGUCUAAUUUGUAUUCCGUUCAAAAAAAUGUGACUAAACCAUUAAAUUUAUAUGAAACUGAGCUAAGAAAGUUUAUGGCGAUACUGAUAUACAUGUCUGUUAUAAAAUAUCCCAAUGUACGGCUAUACUGGUCAAAUACUGUAGGUUUUCAACUAAUCAAGGACAUAAUGACUGUCAACCGAUUUGAGACUAUUCGUAGAUUUCUACAUUUCAACAAUAACGAGAAACAUUUACCCAAGGAACACCCAACACAUGAUAGGCUCCAUAAGAUAAGGCCUAUAAUUAGCCAUCUAAAUGAGAAAUUUGCUUUAGUUCCUAUGGAACAAAAACUCUCAAUUGAUGAACUGAUGUGUGCCACAAAAGUGGCACACUUCAUGAAGCAGUAUUUACCUAAUAAGCCCCAUAAGUGGGGGUUUAAAUUAUAUGUGAUGUGCAGCGUGAAAGGUUAUGCUCAUAAAUUUGAAAUAUAUACUGGCCAAGAGAAUGAACGGCUUCCAGAUGAACCAGAUUUUGGGCCAGUGGGAAAUGUUGUAGUCCGGCUUGCUAGAGGUGUCCCAAGGCAUAUAAAUCAUAUAAUUUAUUUUGAUAAUUUUUACACCUCUGUACCUUUAGUUACCUAUCUUGCCAAACAAGGAAUCUAUAGCCUAGGUACUGUGCAAUCUAACAGGUUAGUGAACUGCAAACUGCCGGACAAAAAAACAAUGAUGAAGAAAUCUGUUCUUCGUGGAACUUAUGAAGAGCAGAUGACUGAAUUUGACGGUAUUGAUUUGACAGCAGUUACUUGGAAGGACAAUAAAGUUGUAACUUUUCUAUCUUCAUAUGUUGGAGCUGAACCUGUGGGCCAAGUAGAAAGAUUUGACAAGGCAAAUAAGACUAGAAUUAAAAUUUCAUGCCCACAUAUAAUAAAGGAAUAUAAUGCCCAUAUGGGCGGAGUGGACCUAAUGGAUAGCUUUAUUGGGAGGUACCGAAUUGCAAUUAGAAGCCGAAAGUGGUAUCUUCGUAUCUUUUACCACUUAUUGGACAUGACGGUAAUAAAUUCUUGGCUUGUGUAUAAAAAUUUAAAAACAACUGAAGCCAAUUCAUCAGUUCUAAACCUAUGUAACUAUAGACUGGAACUAGCUGAGGUAUUAGCCAAAGUAAAUAACUCAUUUGAACUCUGCAACAAAAGAGGAAGGCCAAGUACCAGCACCAGUGUUGAAAUGGAAAUACAAGCAAAAAAAAGGAGAGGACCAGCUCAACAUAUUCCUCCUAAGGACAUAAGGACUGAUAAUGUUGGUCACUGGCCUGGUAAUUGUGUUCGCAGCAGAUGCAAAAUGCCUGGAUGCAAGGGAUACACGCAAAACAGGUGUGAGAAGUGUGGAGUAGCUCUUUGUCUUACCACAACCAAAAAUUGUUUUAAAAAUUUUCAUAUGUAGUUAUUGUCUAGUGAGUGCAUAGUGUUGUAGUUCUGCAACAAAUGGUUUUUAAUAAAAAUAACUAUGAAAAUAAAAAAAACUAUUUUUUUUAUUAUUUUUCCCUAAAUCAGCAUAUUCAUGGCUCCAAAAUAUAUUUUUUCUCGGUCUAAAAAUAAAA